AUGGCCCAAUCAUCACAAGUAAAGCCUAUUUGGCUACCUACGUUGCCACAAGACCAGAUUCCCAUGAACAUCUACCGAGCGCAUAUCAACCAAAAGUUCCAGCAGCGCCUUCGCUCCUCUCAAGACUUGCACCAAUGGUCUGUUAAAAAUUUACAAGACUUUUGGGUCGAUCUUCAUCAAUAUACGGGGAUCAUUCCGUCGUUGCCUCCGACUGUGACAACUGCCUUUGAUGACAGUGUGCCCAUGCAAAGUUUGCCUGAGUUCUUCAGUGGAGCAAGCGUGAACUAUGCGGAGAAUGUGCUCUCUGGUCGGGACUUGACAAAGACUGCUCUUGUUGGAGUUCGUGAGGGUCAAGAUCUAGAUGGAGAGGUUUGGACUUGGAGCUUGUUGAGGGAGAAUGUUCGAAAGGCAAGGAGUGCUCUCCGUCAACUUGGAAUCAAGGAAGGUGACCGGGUGGCUGCAAUUAUAUCCACGAGCGUUUGGUCAGUUGGCCUGUUCCUGGCGACAGCAAGCAUUGGAGCCAUCUGGACUAGCAUUGCGCCGGAUUUGGGUGACGAAGGCUGUAUCUCUCGAUUGCAGCAAGUAACCCCUCGCGUACUCUUUGCUGAUGGCGAGUCGACGUACAAAGGGAAGAUGCGAUCCAAUGUUGUCAAGAUACAAAGCAUCUUCAAGGCCAUGAAAAUAAAGCCACAGGUGUUUUUGAUUCCAAUCACUGGCGCCCACGAGCCAGCCUUUCCCAGUCUGAACGACUUCCUCUCGAAGUCACGACAAGAAGACCAACUCGGAUUCAAGAGAGUACCCUAUUCUCAUCCCCUCUAUAUUCUCUAUACGAGCGGGACUACCGGCCAACCGAAGUGCCUGGUCCACAGCCACAGUGUUAUUCUACAACACAAAAAGACAUCUGUGCUGCACAACUCUCUCACACCAAAAGAUGUCGUCUUCCAGUAUAGCAGUACCUCUUGGGUAUUGUGGAAUAUCAUGAUCGGCCAUCUCUCGGUAGGUCCGACUCUGAUUCUAUACGAUGGAUCACCUUUGUGGCCAAGUGCGAAAGGAAUGGCAGGGAUCGCGGAGUAUCAUCGAGUCACUUACUGGGGCUGCUCGCCUCGCUAUCUGCAGGAGCUCGAGAUGACUGGCUGUGUUCCAAAGGAUGAGUUUGAGCUGUCAUCUCUCCGCAUGGUGCAAACAGGAGGCUCGCAUCUUGGUGAAGAUCAAUAUCAUUGGUUUUAUCGAGCAUUCCCGCCAAAGGUACACCUCACCAGUGUCACUGGAGGUACUGACUUGGUCACUUCUUGGAUUGGAACCGAUCCUGCUGGCCCGCUGUAUCCCGGAGAAAUCCAGCUUCCUAUGCUGGGGCAGGAUGUAGAUGUUGCUGAUCCCGUCACUGGAGAAUCAAUCAAACACUCUGGUAGACAUGGAGAGUUUGUCUGUCGCAAGCCAUUCCCAUCAAUGCCUGUCUUUUUCUGGGGCGAUAAAGAUGGAGCGAAAUACAAGAGUACGUAUUUUGACAGGUUUGAGAACUGUUGGGCUCAGCAUGACUGGGCAAGCUAUAAUCCACAAACAAAGGGCUGGCAAAUCCAUGGGCGAAGUGACGGUGUUCUGAACCCACAGGGUAUUAGAUUCGGAAGCUCUGAUAUCUACUCGAUCACUGAGUCCGCUCCUCUCAACUCGGUAAUUUCAGCAACCUUAUGCGUCGGUCGAAGAAGACCUCAUGAUUCUGAUGAAGUGGUUUUUCUGUUUGUGGUCAUGCAAUCUGGCAACUCAUUCACUGGUCAACUUGCAGUCGAGCUGAAGGAUGCAAUUCGCAAAGGGUUGAGCAGUAAACAUGUUCCUCGCUUUGUGAUUGGGGUGAAAGAAGUCCCCAUGACAGUUAAUGGCAAAAAGAUCGAGACCCUGGUCAAGCAGAUCGUGGAGCAGCUCCCGGCAAGUGUCGAUCCUUCAUCCAUUGCCAUCUCAAACAAACCCAUCGGCACAGGCGGCGAGGAGAGAGAAUUAGAUGGCCUACAAGGCGUUUCAAUUCAGCAAGUCGGACUGAAACACGGUGAUAAGCUCUUCAUUGGGUACAAGGAACAGACACAACAGAAUGGACCUUCAAACGGCGACACAUCUGCCUCAGAGCGACGAUUAAAUGGCGCUCCGAUUCCCCAGCAACAGACUGUUCCGAUCCGUCCCCAGGCAACCUCCUCCGCAACAAUCAAGAACCCCUGGGAUGUGGUGAAGCAAUCACCGCUGGACAACCUGCUGGACAAGAAAGAUGGCAAGAUCAAGCGGAAUAUGGAUCACAAGAUGUGCAAGCAUGGCCCUCGAGGCAUGUGUGAUUACUGCAUGCCACUCGAACCAUAUGAUGCGAAAUACAUGGCCGAAAAGAAGAUCAAGCAUCUUUCGUUCCACUCAUAUCUGCGGAAGAUCAACGCUGCAACCAAUAAGCCCGAGAUGGGAACCUCCUUCAUGCCACCACUCAACGAACCAUACUACCGAGUGCGAACUGACUGCCCAUCGGGACAUUCGCCAUGGCCGGAGGGUAUUUGCACAAAGUGUCAACCCAGUGCCAUUAGUCUGCAACCCCAGGAAUUCCGGAUGGUUGACCACGUGGAGUUCGCCUCUCCAGAUCUCAUCAACUCUCUUCUUGACUUCUGGCGAAAGUCUGGUGCCCAGCGCCUUGGCUUUCUGUACGGAACGUAUGAGGAGUACACCGAAGUACCACUGGGUGUCAAGGCUGUUGUGCAAGCAAUCUACGAGCCCCCACAAAUGGGCGAAGUCGAUGGUGUUACGCUCCACGAUUGGCACAACGAGAAAGAAGUAGAUGAGGUGGCUAGUCUUUGCGGAUUGCAAAAGGUUGGUGUCAUAUUUACAGAUCUUCUCGAUGGCGGCCAGGGAGACGGUUCGGUGGUAUGCAAGCGUCACAUCGACUCAUACUUCUUGUCCUCUCUGGAAAUCGCCUUUGCCGCACGCCUUCAGGCACAAAACCCCAAGUCAACCAAAUGGAGUCGCACGGGACGCUUCGGUUCCGACUUCGUCACAUGUGUACUCAGCGGUGAUGAAACAGGUGCUAUCAGCAUCAGCUCAUACCAAGCCUCUGUGUCUGCAGUCGAGAUGGUCCGUGGGGACAUUAUUGAGCCCUCCGCCGACCCUUCUGUCAUGCUGGUACAAUCAGAGACCGACGAGGAUAUCGGAGCCAGAACUCGGUACAUCCCCGAGGUUUUCUACCGCCGCAUCAACGAGUACGGUGCCAGUGUUCAAGAAAACGCCUCGCCAAGUUUCCCAGUCGACUUCCUACUAGUUACUCUUACCCAUGGAUUCCCCACAGAGUCAUCCCCAUUGUUCACCAACAGUCGCUUCCCCAUCGAGAACCGCGAAAUUAUUGGCGAAAGUCAAGAGUUGCGACAUGUCGCCCAGAAGCUUAUGCCCGGAGACCCCCAAAGGGCCAUUCAAGGUGUCUCCGACUUCCACUUGCUGUGCUUCUUGCACGGACUUAGCACCUUCAACAAGGAUGAGGAAUCCCUUCUGUGCCGCGUCGCGAAAACCAAAUCCCCCGCUGAAGGAAUGCAACUGUUGAAUACAUCAGGAUGGGCAACGUUGAUGACCAUCCUUGAGGAGAGUGGUGAGCGCCCCCUAAGCGCCCCUGGCCCACCGCGGUUGAGUCUCCUCGCCCGGAUCUCCAAUCGCGAGGACGUCGCAACCCCCCUUCUUCCCAUACAUCCCGCUCCAAUACUCCCAACGCGGAUGGUGAACAGCUUGCUAAGAGGUUUAAGGGAGCUAGUCUAG